CGGAUCGUGGAGUGACUGACAGCAACUAAAGGAUUGAAAAAAAUUAUCAAGAAGACGAGAUUGUUUUCGUCUUUGUUUUCUUUGCCGUACAUGUUCGGCGUAAGUGAGCAGACGUCGUUAAUUACUGCUAAGACAAAACUUGUGUCCGCGUCGCUUUGACGGUUAUAAGGCUAUCUUAGCUUGCUAGCUGCUAACAUAAAGCCUCCUAAGUUAUCAACACGGCGUUAAGAAGAGAUCGAGUGCGAGCGUAAAGUAUUGUGAUUUGUGUGAGAAUGUGUAAAGUACAAUUGCUGAGAGCCUUGGUGAAUCAGCGAUUAACUGCGGCUGUCGAAGAAAUAUUUGUAGUGUUCGAAAGAACCAUAGCAGAGUUGGAGGAGGAACUUUCUCGAACAAAAGAGGAGAACGAGCAUCAACGUCAACUACUGGACGCUGUUUUCAAGAAGCCUCAAGUUGUGAUACACAAACCAGUGGCGAAAAAAACGCUGAUGACAUCAGUGAUGUUCUAUGGUGGUACCACAUGUCUGGCUGUCCUGGAGCGACACGAUGACAUCAUGCAGCCCACAAAUGCACACUAACGCCAGUGAAGAACAUCUUCCCCCUGAGCAGGAGGCGAGGAGCUCCAGGGUGGAGCAGCAGGAGACACAGCCCCCCGACAUUAAAGAGGAAGAGGAGGAUCACAGCAUCAGUCAAGAGGGAGAGAAUCUUGAAGGACUGGAAGAGUUCCCAGUGAUUGUUGUCUCUGUGAAGAGUGAAGACGAUGAAGACAAAGGUCAAAGUGAGGAGGACAGAAAGGUGGAGCCUCCAAGCAGUAGCUCAGCUCAACACAUGACAGCAGAAGCUGAUGGGGACCACUGUGGAGGAUCACAAGCAGAAAGCCUCUUAGCUCCACUAUCAGACAGUGACGACACGUCGCACUCUCCUGACACCGACGAUGAAGACUCUGAAGCUGAUAUGACAUGUCAAACUGACAACACACACUUUAAAUGCUCUCAUUGUGACAAAACUUUUAAUCACCUUUGUUAUCUGAAAAUACACAUGAGGUAUCACACAGGUGAGAAACCAUUUGUGUGCUCAGUGUGUGGCAAAAGAUUCACAGAGAAAAAAGUUUUGACAAUACACGCAAGAAUACACACUGGUGAGAAACCAUUCAUCUGCUCAGUUUGUGGUAAAAGAUUUACAGAGAAAGGAAGUUUGACAAAACACACAAGAAUACACACUGGAGAGAAACCUUUUACCUGUUCAGUAUGUGGUAAAGGUUUUGCACAUAAUCAAAAUUUGACAAUACACAUGAGAAAUCACACAGGAGAGAAACCAUUCGUGUGCUCAGUGUGUGGCAAUAGAUUCAUACAGAAAGGAAAUUUGAAAGCACACAUAAGAAUACACACAGGGGAGAAACCAUUCACAUGCUCAGUCUGUGGUAAAAGUUUUACACAGAAAGUAAAUUUGACAAAGCACACAAAAACACACACAGGGAGAAACCAUUCGAGUGCUCAGUUUGCCGUAAAAGAUUCACAGCGAAAAGAAGACUGAAACAACACACAAGCAGUGUUGCCACAAUUACCUUGAAAAAGUAAUGUGAUUACUGAUGAUCUUAUUCUGAAACUAAUUAGAUUACAAGUUACUCUAUCGUUUCAUUCAGCAGCUGCUGACAACAUCCGUCACUGCUGCAACAUAGAAAGGACAACUUAUUUAGCCAAUCCUGUUCUUUUUAACAGUAAUGUCAACAAUGUAUUUCCUGACAUUGGAGGUUCAAUUUAAACAUUAUUUCCUCAAAGAAAUAUAUCUUUUCGAAAUUUACAAACAAAUUUAAUUACAGUCUUUGUUGACUUCACUUAGUGGUGGGGGACACUUAUAGCUCUUUGCUUUUCCCCCUGUUCUGUUGAGUUGCAUCUACCGCAGGGGUCUCAAACUCGUGGCCCAUGGGCCAUUUGUGGCCCGCCGGGUGAUAUUUUGCGGCCUGCGACUAGACAUGGAGGAGUAGUGUAAAUGCGAUAAAAAAAAUAUUGCUUUUUGGUAUGAUUCUACUUUAUAGCAUUGAUCUACUUGAGAGACAUGAGCUCAAAAUAGCUUUACUGUUUUUCAGACACUGAAACUAAAAUCCUGUUUACACUUAUGUUGCUAAAACAUCCUCAUUCUUUUUGUACCAUUGCUGCUUGUAGUCUGGUUAAAAUAUGCUGCAAAAAUUCCACACCUUUUGUAUCGCGUGUCUUCAUUAGGGUCACGAGUAAGCUGGAGCCUAUCCCAGCUGAAUGCAGCAAAAUACAAACUAUGAAAUGUAUUUAUUUUUUUGUUUCACCCUAUCACUGUAUCGAGAUAUUAUCAUUAUCGGGAGCCGUGCAUCGCGUAUCGUACCAUAUUGUGGGGUACCCUGAGAUUCCCAGCCCUAUUCCCAAUACUUCAUGCGGCCCAGCCAGAAUCAGACCCUAUCUCCAGCGGCCCUCAGGUAAAUUGAAUUUGAGACCCUGAUCUACUGUGUACUUGCACAUGGUGUACCUUGUGGUGACCACUAGGUGGAAGUGUCGACUUGUUUUUUGAGGACUUUUUUUUUCUUGGUGACAAGUUUUUCCUUUUAGAGUAAAGUGUUUUGUUCCACUUACCUGAUGCCUCAGUGUGCUUUUUCCUCCAAAGUAACGUGUUACCAGCAUCACCGCACACAAGCAUACUCUCUGGAGAGAAACCCUUUGCCUGUUAAGUGUGUGGUAAAGGUUUUCCACGAAAGCAAGAAUAACACACAAGAAGCGACGCUGAGAGAGACCCUUUUCUUGCUCAGUGUGUGGUGAAAGUUUUGUAGAAAAAAAGAUUUGAAAGUACACAUGAGAAUACAGACUGAAAACAUUAAGUCACGUGAGGUCGUACAUACACAGGGCUUGAUGGAAACUGUCUAUUGUGUCAAUAGAUGGUAAUCACAUGAGGCGUGGAUGUUGAGAGUGGUGUGGGGGGGCAGUGAGAUCCCGACCUGGGACCAAAAACUGCCCCGCCGGACCAGGUCAUCACUCAGCCUCCCCCUUCCCCCCACACCCUAUCCUUUGGUAGGGACAGGAAGGGCGUGGGUUUCAAAUUUCAUUAGGGUCGUCAGGUGGGCACGC